CUGAACCAACCUUCUUGUCCGACCAACAAAACCUUAAACCCUAGUAUUCAGAACUACCGAAAUUCCGCCAAAAUUUUUUUAAAAAAUCAAGCAAUUCAAAACAAACUUUUGUUGUGCUUCAAAUCACCCAACUCCAAAAUUUCUCUCAAUUCAAUUCAUUCAUCUAUAUAAUAUACCCACAGACAUAUAGAUAUAUAAAUACAUAUAUAUAUAUAUAUAUAUAUAUCUCAAAGGUUUGUGUUUUUGUCAAUUCUCAUGCAAUCCAUCUUAUACAUUGCUUCCAAUUCUCCACCAAUCUUCCACGUCCCAUGGAAGCCACACAAAACCCACAUUCUGAGUCCCUCACAAACCCUACCCAUUAUACACAAACCCUUGACUAUUUCGAACGCCUUGAAAACCUCAUUCGAAGAAGAAAAGCUUGACAAAUCGGAUGAACCCACCUCGCCAGCACGCCUUCCGGUCGUAAUUCGACGUUCCGGCAGCGUUUCUAGGUACCUGUGGGAUGGGAGUGAAUUAAAAUUGGUUUCUGUAGACGGAAAUUCUUUUUCUUUGUCGUUGGAUUUCGAAGAUGGGUUUCGAAGAUUGUUUAGAAUAUGUAGUUCGGGUUUGAGGAAUUUUUUUCUGCCCGGGGAAGUUUGUGGGAAUUAUUUGGAGUAUGUCAAAUGGAAGUUCUUGCACAGGGUCUUCAGCUCUGCUCUUCAGGUUCUUGCCACCCAGGCAAUGUUUCGAGCAAUUGGAAUUGGAUACUCUCAUUCACUUCCAUCAGCUGCUGCGCUCAAUUGGGUCUUGAAAGAUGGGCUUGGAAGGCUCAGUAGGUGCAUCUACACUGCCAGCCUAGCAUCUUCUUUUGACACCAAUUUGAAGAGAGUUAGGUUUUCAACAUCUGUGCUAUUCAGUCUGAGCAUUGGGGUUGAGUUGCUGACUCCUGCAUUUCCCCAGUACUUCUUGCUUGUCGCAUCGAUAGCAAACAUCGCUAAACAAAUAAGCCUAGCAUGCUACCUGGCAACUGGUACUGCUGUUCAUCGAAGUUUUGCAGUAGCAGAUAAUCUUGGUGAAGUUUCUGCGAAGGCACAGAUUCAAACAGUGUGCUUCGAUAACAUUGGUCUUAUGCUUGCCGCAGCCUUGAACAUUUUGUUCAGAAACAAUCUAAGGUUGCAAGCAAGUUUGCCUUUUGUCGUGUACCCAAUCUUCUCAGCAAUCGACCUCAUUGGAAUUUAUCAAAGUUUGAAGCAUGUUCAUCUGCAGACAUUAACUAAGGAUAGGCUUGAGAUUAUAAUUAAUACGUGGAUUCAGUUGGGAUGUGUCCCUUCACCUGCAGAUGUGAGUGAAGAGGAAGGUAUUGAUUUCAUGUGGAGCAAAGGCAGAGGAUUGUGGCCCAUAAGAAUUGGUUGCUUAAACCCCAAAAGUCAAUUACCAAGGUUGUCAAUGAUGACUAUGCAAUCUUUGAAUGAUGAAGACUUCUAUUUCAUAUGUCUGGAGAUCCUCUGCAGUGGAGUGGCAAAAACUUGGCAACAAGGCAUUCUCGUUUGUGUGCGGGAAGGGGCUGGCACUGCAGAUAUUAUCACGGGUUUGUUGCAGGCGUGCCAUAUCCGCAAGGCUAUUUUAUCAAGUGUGUGCAAGUGGGAGCGCAUUUUAGAAGCUCCUGACAGUUCAGAUUCAGUUUUGAGGCAUUGGUUUCAGUUGAUUGAAGAUAGCAAGCAAAUAGCACAGCGAGAUUUUAACUUGUUGAAUGAACAGAUGUUAGGGUUAGGCUGGGCUUGUAAAAACAUUUUAUUGAGCACGCAAGAGCAAGCUCGCUAUAGUUUUGUAGAUGACUGACAAAUUUCAAGCACACUGGAGGAAAGUUAAUACAGUUGCAUUUAUACCGUCACAAAACACGGAUAUUUCUCUCUUCGUUCCACGAUUUUACAUUAGAAAAGCAAAUAUCGCAAGAAUUGACUUGUUUACACAGGAAAAUACCCACAAAAAAAAAAA